UGAAUCUAGAUCACCGAUCACCGAUCAGCGAUCCACUGGCUAUGAGCUCUUGGUCAGGUGAGUAGCCUUUAAAGUUUGAUACUCCAAUGCAAAUUGCAAAGGGUGUAGGAUCGACGAACGAGUAGUACUACUACUACUACAGAAUUGUGGGACCCACCCCACAACUAACUACACCCAGCGGCAACAAAAGAAAUUAUUAGUGGCUGUGUUCUACCACACCGCACUCUGGUGUUCUCCAAAACCCAAACACUAGGAGCAGGAGUUAGUUACACUUAUAACUAACAAAGAUUUUAUUGAGAUUCAUAUCAUUUGUCCAAUCGAAAAGAGGCAACCUGGCGGCGAAGAACAACGUUGUCGUGGAUGAGGAGGAGCAGUUGAGCAUGGCGCUGCUUUCCGACGUUGAAAUCCUCGGAGAUGUCGAAAUCCCCGACACCGCGCAUCAAAUCAGCACGGAUUCAUGGUUUCAAGUGGGGUUUGUGUUGACGACGGGAAUCAACAGCGCCUAUGUGUUGGGGUAUUCGGGGACCAUCAUGGUGCCGCUGGGUUGGACAGGGGGCGUCCUUGGUUUGAUUCUCGCCGCCGCCAUAUCGCUCUAUGCCAAUGCUCUCAUUGCUAGGCUCCAUGAGUUUGGAGGAACCAGGCAUAUUCGAUACAGAGAUCUUGCUGGGUUUAUAUAUGGUUCCAAAGCUUAUUCCCUCACAUGGACUAUGCAGUAUGUCAAUCUUUUCAUGAUAAAUGCCGGCUAUAUCAUUUUGGCUGGUUCCGCUUUAAAGGCUACUUAUGUUCUAUUUAGGGAUGACGAUCUAAUGAAGCUUCCGUAUUUUAUUGCCAUAGCUGGAUUUGUGUGUGCAAUGUUUGCCAUUUGUAUUCCCCAUCUAUCGGCUCUUGGAACUUGGCUUGGAUUUUCAACCGUCUUCAGCCUAGUCUAUAUUGUUAUAGCGUUUGUACUGUCAGUAAGAGAUGGUAUAAAAUCGCCACCUCGUGAUUAUAGUAUUCCGGGGGUUUCAACAAGUAAAAUAUUUACAACAAUUGGGGCCUCUGCUAAUCUUGUGUUUGCAUAUAACACAGGAAUGCUUCCUGAGAUACAGGCAACCAUCAGGCAGCCAGUUGUCAAGAACAUGAUGAAGUCCCUGUACUUUCAGUUUACCGUUGGAGUUGUGCCAUUAUUUAUGGUAACCUUUGCAGGGUACUGGGCUUAUGGAUCUUCAACACCAACCUAUUUGCUGAGUGAUGUCAAAGGUCCAGUUUGGUUGAAGGCCAUGGCCAAUAUUGCAGCCUUUCUUCAAUCAGUCAUUGCAUUGCAUAUAUUUGCGAGUCCAAUGUACGAGUAUUGGGAUACCAAACAUGGGAUCAAAGGGAGCGCCCUGACUUUGAAGAACUUGUUAUUUCGAGUCCUUGUAAGAGGUGGCUACCUGACUUUAAACACAUUUGUAUCAGCUCUAUUGCCAUUUCUUGGAGAUUUCAUGAGCCUCACUGGAGCAAUCAGCACAUUUCCCCUCACAUUUAUCCUUGCAAACCAUAUGUACCUAGUGGCAAAUGAGACCAAACUAACAUCCAUCCAAAAGCUCUGGCAUUGGGUCAAUAUUUGUUUCUUUGCCAUCAUGUCUGCUGCAGCAACUGUUGCAGCCCUGCGGCUUAUUGCUUUAGACUCCAAAACGUAUCAUCUUUUUGCGGAUUUAUGAUUAAAUGCAUUAUAUUCUUUCAGCAAUUCUAAUGAUAACGGUUUGUGCUUCAAACAUGUUUUCAUUAUCAUUUAAGGCUUCAUUUGUUCAAGGUCAAAGUCGAUUUUAACCAACAGCUAAGAAAAAGGAUCAUUGGCGUUGAAUGCCGUUUGUAAAUCA